AUGCAGGCAGUCGUUUUUAAAGGACCAUUGCACGUGGCCAUCGAACAGAGACCUCGCCCAGCUGUCCGAGAUCCUACAGAUGUGAUUUUGAAGGUCCGGUACACUGCACUAUGUGGAAGUGAGCUUCACGUCUUUCGUGGCCAUCAACCCUCGCCCUCGGGCUUCAUUAUGGGACAUGAGUUCACAGGGGAGGUAGUGGACACUGGCUCUGAUGUGACAAAGUUCAAGCAGGGUGAUUUGGUGGUCUCACCGUUUACCGUCAGCUGUGGUGAAUGCUUUUACUGUGAACGGGGAUAUUCUUCGAGAUGUUCCAAUAGUCAACUAUAUGGUUCCGCGAUGCUCGACGGCGGGCAAGCUGAAUAUGUGCGAGUGCCCCUGGCAGAUUCAACCCUCUUUCAUGCACCUCCAGAAAUCGAAGAAAGCAAAUUAGUCUUGAUGGCGGACAUUUUUCCUACAGGAUACUUCGCUGCUUCCAAUGCCUUUCGUGGCUUGGAUCCUGAAGAGGUUCGGAAUAGCACCGUCCUUCUGUUUGGUUGCGGACCUGUUGGAAUUUGCGCUUUAGUCAGUGCCUUAGAAUAUCAACCGAAAACAUUGAUCGCAAUUGAUAGCGUUCCCUCGCGUUUGGCACUGGCGGAGGAUUUGGGAGCUGAGGCUUGGAAUUUCCAAGAGAACGAACAAGGGCUACGCGAUCGGGUGAAGGAUCUCACGGCUGGACGAGGCGCCGAUGUGGUUAUCGAGGUCGUGGGACACAGCAGUGCGUUAAGAAUGGGAUUCGAACUACUGCGACCGUGGGGACAAAUUUCUAGCGUUGGUGUGCAUAAUCAAGACAUCCCAUGGACUGGAAAUGAAGCCUAUGCAAAGAACCUUCGCCUCCAAAUGGGGCGAUGUCCAGUCCGCAGUAUCUUUGGACCAGCGAUGGAGUUAUUGGCUAAAAGACAGAACAUGCUUGGGUUUAUGUCUCACGAUAUCCGACCUCUUUCUCAGGCAGUUGAAGCUUAUGACGAUUUCAAUAACAUGAAGAGCCAGAAGAUUAUAUUUGAGGCAGAUAAAUAG